GCCUGCGCGCUGCGGGACAAGAGAAGAGUGGGGGCGGGGGGAUGUCUGUGGGCAAGAUGGCGGCUACUGCGGCCGGUGUGGGCCGGUUGGAGGAAGAGGCGUUGCGGCGGAAGGAACGGCUGAAGGCCCUACGGGAGAAAACCGGGCGCAAGGACAAGGAAGAUGGGGAGCCAAAGACCAAGCAGCUCAGAGAAGGGGAGGAGGAAGGCGAGAAGCACAGGGAACUCAGGCUGCGGAACUAUGUCCCAGAGGAUGAGGACCUGAAGAAGAGAAGGGUGCCCCAGGCCAAGCCAAUCGCAGUGGAAGAGAAGGUGAAGGAGCAGCUGGAGGCCGCCAAGCCAGAGCCCAUCAUUGAGGAAGUGGACCUGGCCAACCUCGCACCCCGGAAGCCUGAUUGGGACCUCAAGAGAGAUGUAGCCAAGAAGCUGGAGAAGCUAGAAAAGCGAACCCAGAGGGCCAUCGCCGAGCUGAUCCGUGAGAGGCUGAAGGGCCAGGAGGACAACCUGGCCUCUGCAGUGGCGGCCACCACCACCGAACAAGAGGCUGGUGACUCCGACUGAGGCACGCCCUAUCCCCUCGCCGCCCGCCUUUCAGGCCUGUUCUAUAGGAGGAUGGUCUUGGGCAAGGGUCAGGGCUGGGCUUGCCAUCACCUCCAGUUUGGCCUCAGAACAGUGACUCCCUGCCUAGCAGUCUGAACCCCACCCCUCCCCAUGCUGUGAGGUCGGCUCCUUGUCUCCUGAGUGGUCCCCAGCAUGCUGAGUUGGGGCAGAGCCAGCAACAACUCUGUGGGCUUGCUGUAUCUCUACAUAUAUAUGUUAUUUUGAAUUUUUUUAAUGUCUGGAAAUAGAAACAAGCAGACCCCUGUGUAUGGCAGAAACCUCCUGAAUAUUUGGGAUACUCUGGGUUUGGGCCCCAAGACGGGGCAGCUGCAGAGGUGAUGUUUAAUAUGAGUAAGCCCUGUGUUGGGCUGAACAUGUUGAGGCUGGAGGGGUGGAGAAGGCCCAGGCCUGACCUUCUGGGUCCAGGUUUCUGGUCCAGUCCUUGGUCAGCGGUGAUCAUCUCAAAAUCCUUGGGUGACAGAGAUAGGCCUUACAGUAGUUUGUGGGAUACCUUGGAGAGGCUCCCACUCUGGUCCUCUGUGGACGCCCUCGCAGUGAGAAGGAAGCGACUGGGCCCAUGAAGGGGGUGAACUGUGCCUUGGCAAAGCCUCGACUCUGGGCCACUACAGAUUCGGGGCCCCUGGCAGUGCUCGUUCACAUUCCACCCACAGCCCCAGCAGCCCAUCUCCCCACUUCACCGGCCAGAGCUAGACGCUGGCUUCCCUGGCACAGGGCACCCGUAUGGGGGAGAGUGGCCCAUUCUGCUAAAGACUGGGGUAUUGUAGCCUGGGUUUUGGGGGUGGUCUUGGACCCUGGGUCCCCAAGGUCCUGGCUUCAGGACCAUGAGCCUCCUCUGUGGAGCUGACUCUCCAGAAUGACCAGCUGGCCACAAGUCUGACUCCAGGUACCUGUGACCAUUUAGAGUUUCAUCUCCUCCAGGAUGAUCACACUCUUAAGUUUCCUUCAUGGUUUCCCCUUGAGCCUCCCGCCCCUGCCCUGAGUCAUCCCAGUGUGUUCCUCCCUCUGUGCCAGCUUCUAGGAACACAAUGGCCCAGCUCUGGUAGACGGUGCUGAGGACUAGGGCGGUAGAGGUGGAAGGAGUGUGUGCACACGGACUGUCACUCAUACAAUAAAGUAAAUGGUUUAACUUAAAAUUAUGCAACUCCUCUAAGAAGAUAGUUCUUGGGAAGGGAGCAGAAACUGGCAGCUAUGAGUAAGGGCUGAAGUGGUAGGUGGCUGACUGCUGUGGUGAGCAGUGAGACAAGGCCAGGACUGAUUCCCACAAUGGACAGGGAUCAGACAUGCCCCACAGGUGUCAGGACUGGAGCCAGGCUCUCUCUGCAUAGCCAGGGUCUAGAGCUGGGCUUCCCUUCCUAGGAAUAAAGGGUGAAAAGAUGCCCCCACCUCCUGGGAUUGCAGUUGGAAGCAGGAUGUUUGUCUGUGGCAGUGUAGGACUCAGACACCUGUGACUGGCAACUAGGCUCCCACUCAGCACCAGAGUAAGGAUAUCCCCACUGUAUGAGAGCCCAGAGAGUUAAUGAAAGGUUUGCUUCUGCAUUUGCAGCCCUGUGUGCCCUAUAGAACAACGGCCCUGCAGGGAGAGAGAAAAGCAAAAACUAUCACCCAUGAGGGACACUCAAAAAUUAUAAAAUGCAUGAGAAAAUCCAGUGCCAUAAAGAAUGGCCAGCAGCCCAACAAGUGGGAGAAUUUCUACUUGAAGAAAGUAAAACGAUAAUAUCCUAACAGGCUUUAAAAUGAGCAUUUGUUUUAUCACCAGUGAGAUCAAAGAGGGACUUUCUGAUCUCACACAACUCAAGAACAGGGAUUUGGUAUAAGAAACAACUGAUUAGAAAUCUUGGAAAUAAAGAAUGUUUAUUUAUUUAUUUAUUUAAAUUUAUUUAUUUAUUUUUGGCUGCGUUGGGUCUUCGUUGCUGCGUGCGGGCUUUCUCUCAUUGCGGAGAGCGGGGGCUACUCUUCGUUGUGGUGCACGUGCUUCUUAUUGCGGUGGCUUCUCGUGUUGCGAAGCACAGGGCCUAGAGUGCGUGGGCUUCAGUAGUUGUGCCACGUGGGCUCAGUAGUUGUGGCUUGCUGGCUCUAUAGCGCAGACACAGUAGUUGUGGCGCACGGGCUUAGUUGCUCCGCGACUUGUGGCAUCUUCCCGGACCAGGGCUUGAACCCGUGUUCCCUGCAUUGGCAGGUGGAUUCUUAACUGCUGAGCCAUCAGGGAAGCCCAAGAAUGUUUAUUAAAGUAAGAAACUCACUGGAGGAGCUAAAUGAUUACUUAUAGUCAAAGAAGGGAUUAAUAAAUUGGAAGUAAAGUUGAAGAUCCAAAAGGUGGCAGAGAGAGAGAAGGAGAGAGAGGGGAUAGGUUGAGAGCCCUGACGUACUGGUAGCUGUCCUUUAGCUGAUAGGAAUUCGUUUGGGAAAAGAAAACUGGAGAAAAAAGGUACUUGAAGAAGGAGUAGCAAUCACUUCUGUUUCUGGCAUCUCGGUAGGAUGGUUGCCUGAAGUGAUCUUCCCUUGGAAAACAGCUAAAAAUACUAGGUAAAUAAAUAUUGACAAAUGCUUUUUAAAUGCAUCAAUGAUCUGGCAAGAAAGUAUGGAAUACUCAGGCCAAAAGGUAAGAGAAGUGGCAGAAUGCUGAAGCCUGACCUUUGCCCUGGAGGUAUAUGACAAGCCAGGUGAAAUCGAGCCUUGGUUUUGGAGGCCCUCAGUGCCUGGUGGGGCCCCAAAGGGCAGCACCCUCUGUAAACUAAUAAUCAGUCUGUACUCUUGACAUCCCAAGGGGAGCUUGAACCCUGCCAAUUACUGGAGUAGAAUAAAGUCUCCCUUGAGAAUUGAGGCAGCCCUCCCUCAUGUGGGUUUGCACACGGGAAACCUCAGGUCAAGAUUUACAGUGGUCCCAGAAUGUGGUGGUCUCAGACACUUGAUAGAAGGAAAUGCAGAUCCGACCUGAAUGAAUCUUUAUUCAUCUGAGUCCUCAAAGAAUCCCCACCAAUAAAGUUCCAAGAAAGAGGAAUAGCUUACAGAAAAGUUCACGAGAUAUACUAGGCAACAAAGCACUCAGAGCAAAGGACAUCAGAAAGAACAUGGUAGCAUGAGAGUUGCAAAGACUUCAGACAUUAGAAUUAUCAGUCAGAUAAUUUCAAUGUUUAAAAAUGAUUUAAGAACUAAAAGAGAAGCUUGAAAACCAGAAUAGAUUUGCAGAAGAACCAAAGUGAUGCUCUAGAAGUAAAAAUUAUUAUAGCAAUUUAAAACCUUGUAUCUGUGAAUUAGAGCCAAAGAGACAAUUUGUGAAUAGGAAGCUAGAUCUGAAGAGGUUAUCCAGAAUGCAGCCAGCGCGAUAAACAGAUCAGUAGUGUAAACAAGAGGCUAAGAGAUAUGAAGGAUAGAGUGAGAAGAUCCAACUUGUGGUUGGAGUUCCAGGGGGAAAAAAAGGCAAAAAUGGGGCAAAGGUCUUUUUUUUUUUUUA